UGUAGAAGUCAAUGUAGGCCCUCUUAUUUUUUUCUGCUCCAUGUGGAUUGCUGCAAAGCUCUGAAUAAAAUAUCACUUUGGAUAUAAAGACACCAGCAAGAUUAGCUAUCAGCUGCUACAUACUUGAAAAAGACACUGUAUUCACAGACUGCAAGGUUAUAUUGGUCCAGCCCACUGCUAUCUUGAAACAUCCAUUUAUACAAAAAGAGAAUUGUUUUAAAAAAACACAUCAUGGCAUCAUGUUUUUCAAAGGGUUGCCUGAGAUGGCUGUUGGUUGCCUUGGUGAUUAUUUUGAUAGUGGGACUUACUCUGGCACUCAUUCUAACACUCACUCUAAAACCCACUGUGACACCCACUGUACUAUCCUCUGAUAAGUGCUACGCUAAAGCAGCAGUGGCAGCGGAUGCCAGGAAAUGCUCUGAGAUCGGGAGGGACAUGUUGAAGCGUAACGGUUCAGUAGUUGAUGCUGCUAUCGCCGCUCUGCUGUGUUUGAGUCUGGUAAAUGUUCAAAGUAUGGGAAUCGGAGGAGGGGUGGUUUUCACCAUAUACAAUGCAUCAACAGGAACAGUGGAGACGAUUAAUGCCAGAGAAACUGCUCCAAGGAAAGCAUCAGAGAACAUGUUUAGCAAUGGCACAAAGAAAAAUCCAGGAUUGUUAAUAGCUGUACCAGGAGAACUGCGUGGUUAUGAGCUGGCACACAAUAGAAACGGGAGACUGCCAUGGAAGGAGCUGUUUAAGCCCAGUAUAAAGCUGGCACGAGAUGGAUUUAAGAUUGGAAAGGCCUUGGCCAGAGCCAUUAAAGAGAAUGAGAAAACAAUUCUGAAUAAUGCGGCAUUGUGUGAAGUGUUUUGCAAAUCAAACAAUGAGACCAAGAAGGAAAAUGAUCCUAUAAGAUUUCCCAAACUAGCUUGCACCUAUAAAAUGAUAGCAGAAGAAGGAGCAGGUGCCUUUUACAAUGGGUCAUUGACUCAGAGUAUAGUGGAUGAUAUCAAGGCUAAAGGAGGGAUUAUAACACGUGAGGACCUAAUUAAUUAUCCAGCAAAGAGGAAUGAAUAUGCAUUAAACUUUACUGUGGGGAAAUACAUAUUUCAUGCUCCUAAUGCUCCAUUCGGUGGACCUGUGCUCGCUCUGAUACUCAACAUACUCAAAGGUUACAACUUGUCAAGCAGCAGUGUGUCCACUAUAAGGAAUAAGACUUUGACCUAUCAUCGUAUAAUUGAGGCAUUUCGCUUUGCUAAUGUCAAAAAGAGUAAAUUGGGAGACCCACUUGAUAAAAGCAUCACUGAGAGUGUUUUACAGGUUGUCAAAGACAUGACGUCAGAAAGCGUUGCAGACGAAAUCAGGAGUAAGAUUAAAGAUGAAAUCAAACAAGAGAGAUACGGUGGGCAGUGCUAUGAGAAUUAUCAAGUUGACUCUGGUACAUCUCACCUGUCCAUCAUCGGAGAAGAUGGGAGUGCAGUGGCUGUCACCAGCAGUAUCAAUGACUAUUUUGGCUCUAAGGUGAGGUCAAACUCAACAGGCAUUAUAUUUAAUGACCAAAUGAAUGAUUUCUGUAAACAAAAUCAGGGAAAUGGACAAGACAAGAAUUGUUCUUGUUGCAAGAACAACCUAAUUAAACCAGGUAAAAGGCCACUUUCAUCAAUGUGUCCCACAAUCAUAUUGGACAAACACAGUGGACGGGUCAAAAUGGUGGUUGGAGGUGAAGGUGGGACAAAUAUCACCACAUCAGUUGCUCAGGUGAUCCUGAAUUAUCUGUUCUUUGGCUUUGACCUGCAGAAAGCUGUUAAAGAGCCCAGAGUUCAGAUCCCAAUAAAUGAGACAAAUGUAGAAGACUGCUUUGAUGUGAUGGUCACUGAUGGCUUAAGGCAGAAGAAUCAUAAUAUAUUUCACAAUACUGAAGUAUCAGUGGUCCAGGCAGUGGUUCGAGAGGGGGAUGAAGUCUGUGCCGAAUCCGACUGCAGGAAAGGUGGCUAUCCUGCUGGAUACCCAGAAACAAGUCUGUAGAAUUUAGUAGGGGCGGUAUAGGGACGUGUCCCUGUCAAUAUCCAAAAACUUUUAAAUUGUCCCUAGCAAUAAUGUUUGAUCAAACAAAUAAAUAUAUGUGUAUGUAUGUAACCACUGCUGUUGUAAUUUCGGCCGCAUCUGAAAUAGGUCACACCAUUGAUAUUACCUGAGAAGUUAAAGUAAACACACUAGAAAACUGUGCAGUUUCAAUGAUGUACAUUUAACACAUGUGCGGAGUAAGAACAUACAGGGUAGCUGAAGUGUUUAAAACAUACAUGCACAAAUCAGCUGAAUGAUAAAGUUUACCCUCAUGUUGUUAAACUGAAUGUAGAAAGAAAACUGUUAGCUGAAAUAUCCACAAAAUAAAAAAACUCACUCAAAUAAGAGUGUGUGGUUUAUCUGUCAAUCAGAUGCCCAUGAAGGUUGUGUUCUUUACUAUUGCAACUGUAGGGUCCCGGGCCAGUUUGCUGUCAGAAUCAUCAUUGAUCCAAUUCAUUUUCAAUAUUAAAAUAAAGUGAUGUACAUGCAGCGUGAUUUGCUGUUCCCACCAAUGUCAAAAUAAAACAUCUGCCCUUGCCCAGCACUGUUCCAGUGCUCAUGCUCCUGUAGUCAAACAUGUGUUCAACCCAGCAAAAUAAAGCCUUCGUCCAGUUACAGCUCCACAGUUGUUUGUUGGGAUGAUUUAUGGGUGCCAAUAAAACUUGAGCAGGUAACAUACACAAAGCACAAAGCUGUUCAUAAAUAACAUUGUUUCAGCCAUUCUGCAUUACGAUAUCACACAGUUCCUAAAAAAUGCUGUACAUUUUCUCAGUAGUAUUCCAGCUUGCACAUUUUUAAGCUUGUGAAUUUACACUAUUGUAAGC